AUGGGCACACCCCUGCCUGCCACGAACCUUUACCUGCCCCACACCCCUGCUAUAAACCUCUACCUGCCCCACACCCCUGCUAUGAACCUUUACCUGCCCCACACCCCUGCUAUGAACCUUUACCUGCCCCACACCCCUGCUAUGAACCUUUACCUGCCCCAAACCCCUCGCUGCACCGUCGUCCUGCUUCUUUCACACCCACCCUCUCCUUUCCUGCACACACCGCCCACUAUCGAGCUGAACAUGCUGCUGGGUCGCCCUCUUUUCCCAUCGUUUCCCCAGCAGGUGGUCACACCAGACCUGCACGGGCUGGUGGCUGCACUGCUGGCGGAGCACCCCCCUCGUCUCUCUCCCCCACUCCAGGUACUCGCCCUCCACGUGGUCACUCCCGAGCUCAACAUGCCGGUAGAGCUGCUGCUCCAACCCACUGCUGCUCCCCCUUCCCCCUACCCUCCCUGUCGCUCCUGUCCUUCUAACCCUCUCCCUCCUCCUGUCUUCAAGGUACGCCCAGCAGGCAGUGACGCCCAAGCCCAACACACUGCUGCCUGCACUGCACUGCUGCUCCAAACCCCCCUUCCUUGCCUCCUUGGCCCCCCACCCCCCUUCCAGGUGGGUUCAGCAGCACCUCAGCAGCGUGCGCUGGCAGGGCCGAAGGAGGUGGGGCAGGCAGUGCAAGGCUGGAAGAAUCCCCCCUAUUCCCUUUCCGCCAAUCCCUCCACUGAAGGUGCGAUGAGGCGGCGGGUGCUGGCAGGGCUGAAGGAGGUGGGGCAGGCGGUGCGCAGUGGGAGGGCCAAGUGUGUGGUGCUGGCGCCUAAUGUGGAGGAGGUGUUUGGGGCAGGUGAUGUGAGGAGAGGAGGUGGCAGGGGAAAGGGUUGGGCAGGGGAUAGGGGAAGGGUGGUGAGAGUGUUGAUGUGA